AUGCCCGGGGCAUGCAACGACCUCAACGUCUUGACAAAGUCCCUGUUGUUUGACGAGCUUACCACCGUUCGAAAUCCUCGACGCCCCAAGGAAAUCGAGUUUACAAAGGCUCAAGAGGGGUAUAGGAAGGAUGUGGAAAGAUGUUUUGGUAUAUUACAGUCACGCUUUGGUAUUGUUAGAGUAGCUGCUCAUGGGUGGGAUAAAGAGGACAUUCGAUACACCAUGUUGACUUGUAUUAUAUUACACAACAUGAUUGUCGAGGAUGAACGAUCUGAAGACAACGAUGAUGAGUUGGAGUCCAAUGAUGAAGAGGAUAACAAUAUGAGGCCCAGGAUUGCUGAGGUAUGGGAUGGACCUACUAGUAGAGACUUUGAUCCUAUUGGUAGAGAUGAUCAUAAUUUGAACGGAUUCGUGGACCGAUACCAAGAAAUUAGAUCUGAUGACACUCACUCUAACCUUCAGGAAGAUCUCAUUCAACACUUUUGGGAAGUUCAAGGCAACAUACGUAUCUAG